AUGAAGUACUCUCUCUCUACCUGCCUCGCCGUCAUCGGCAUGGCCUCGGCUCACUCUUGGGUGGAAUGCACCGACCACGACAACAAGGACCUCCUGCAAAAGAUGAUCGCAGGCUCCCAAAAGACGCCCGCAGAGCUGAUUGACCCAGUCUUCUUCCCCGACAAGUGCCGCGGCUGGCCUCGCGCCAAGGCCAACCCCGGCGACUGGAUCGACGAGUCAACCAACUUCUCAUGGAACAUCGCCGCCAAAUCCUGGGAGGGUGACCGUUCCGCCUGCAACCCCUCGCAGCGCAGCCCUGGCCAAGAGGCCAACGCCCCCAUGGCAACCGUCAGCCCCGGCGGCACCAUCAAGCUGAGGUACGGCGGCAACGGCCACACUCGUGGCGCCACCGCCGGCGCCAACAACGACCCGGGCCAGGUCAGCGUGUACUGGGCCGGCGCCAAGGAGACCGAGAUCCAGACCAUCGACGAGUUCACCGACGCCAACCGCAUCGCCCAGGCCGGCUUCGCCGACGACUCCUUCUCGUACCCCGCCGACCCCAGCAUCAUCAGCGCCGCGCAGGGCCUCGUCGACAAGGGCAACUGGAUGGACGUCACCAUGCCCACCAACAUGGAGCCCGGCAGGCACAUGCUGGCCUGGGUCUGGAGCUACGACGGCGCGCCGCAGUGGAGCACCUGCUUCGACGUGCAGAUCCAGGCAUAA